CUGUCCGCUCCGGGCGCGCCGGUUGCAUGCGGCGCGCUUCUGCCCGUCUUGCCGGGCCGGGCCGCCUCGGCGCCUCUGAAAGUGCUUCGCGCCCAGCCGUUCCCUGCAGCGAGAUUCUCUAAGAUAACUGCAGAGGAAGCAACCCGCGUGCUCCGUAACAAGACUGAAAUAUGCCAGCACUUUGAUUUUUCCCUUCCAGCUUCAGCAAAAGAUGUGUCUGACUGGCAGAAACAGGAGUUCUACAGAGGCGCAGCCUGCCCUUGGACUGUUCUUGGGAAGCAUCUCGUUGGUCACCGUUGUCAUGAAUCUUUUGGUCCUGUAUGCCGUGAAAACAGAAAAGAAACUGCAGACCGUUGGCAAUCUUUAUAUUGUCAGCCUUGCCUGUGCAGAUGUUAUCGUUGGGGCAGCUGUCAUGCCGUUGAGCAUCGUGUACCUGAUGAGUGACAAAUGGAUCCUGGCUCGAAACGCUUGCCUGUUCUGGCUGUCGAUGGACUACGUGGCCAGCACAGCCUCCAUAUUCAGUCUGUUCAUCCUGUGCAUAGAUCGUUACCGUUCUGUCCUUCAGCCACUGAAAUACCGCAAGUACAGGACCAAAACUAGAGCCUCUGUCAUGAUCUCAGUAGCUUGGCUGCUCUCUUUUAUGUGGGUAAUCCCAAUUCUGGGCUGGCGUAACUUUACAAAUCACAACAGCACAACUACUACGAAUGGAACAGACAGUGAAAAAGUAUGUGAAACCGAUUUUUGCAGAACCACGUGGUUUAAGGUCUUGACAGCCAUGAUCAACUUCUAUGUCCCGUCAUUACUGAUGCUCUGGUUCUAUGCUCAGAUAUACAGGGCUGUCCGGAGGCACUGUCAGCACAGAAAAUUCAUACAAGGCUCACUUAGACUGCCUAUAGAAAAAACAGAUGUGCACAGUGGAAAGCCGCAGGAAAUGCAAAAGAGUUGUUUCCAAAGCAUGCGAAAAUAUAUCGGCUACGUCUUGAAUGAAAAUGACAGUGUUAAACAGAACAAAAGGAUGGAUGCUAAACAUCCAUCAAGCAGCUUUGAUAAAAGCCCAGAUGGUUUUUUUUGUGGAAGUGACCAUAAAGUAGCAAAGUGUAGCUGUUUUCCUCUAGCCCUAGUCCAGGGUGAUGUAGCGAUAAGCAGUACAGACCAGAAGUAUGCGAGUGUCAGUGCAAGUAUUCAUAAUGUAGAAGACCCUUGGUCCCAGGAUUGUGAGAUUAGGAAAAGUUUAGAGGAACACAUUUUUGAAGAGAGGGCUUCUUCUGGAAAUUAUUCUGAUUCUGUCCUGGAGCAGAAUUGUGACACUGAAAACUGUUUCUUUCAACGUACCAAUAGAAAAGACACAGCAAGUCACUGCAGCUGGAAGAACAGCUGGGGAAGGCUACGCUUUCAUUCCGUUAGCAAAAAUCAAGAGUCAUGUGUGAACCGAGACAGAAAAGCGGCCAAACAGUUAGGCAUUAUAAUGGCAGCCUUUAUGUUGUGCUGGAUUCCAUAUUUUGUAUUAUUUAUGGUCAUGGCCUUUUGCGAAAUCUGCUACGAUCGCUCUUUUCACAUGUUCACAAUUUGGCUCGGCUAUGUGAAUUCUACAUUAAAUCCUAUUAUAUAUCCACUCUGUAAUGAGAAUUUCAAAAAAGCUUUCAAAAAGAUCUUUCAUUUUAAAACCUAAUUUCUCUUGGGAAAUGGGU